UGUUACCUCUCUUCAGAAGCAACAGAUAAUUAAGUUCAUCUCUUCUUAUUCUAUUUUCAACAGGGAAUGAGGUUUCUCUGCUCCUUUCAUACAGCAAUUUUAUUGUUAGAUGAGAAUUAACUUUAAUUUAAACAAAUCGGAACGCCAUUCAAGUCAAGAAUUCAACUCAAGAAAUUCGGGGUGUGCUUCUAGUAUUAUAAUACCGUUAUCGACAAUAUCCUUCGUAAUUGGCUGUUUGUUUUUUUUUUAUUUCAGAUUGAUAUAGAACAUCGAUGAAUAAAUGUAAUAAAUUGUUUGUACGAAUGAAGCAGCUUACUGUAGCAGAUGCAUACUUUUUUAUGUGGUAGGUGUUUGCCUCAUGAGCAGCACUUCGGCAAAUUUAAGUUCACAAAACAUAGAAAUGUUUAAAGAGUAUGAUUAAUAUAUGCGGAUUAAUUAACUUAUCACAUUGUUAUAGUAUGCAUUUAGCUCCAUUAAAGUAAUAGCAUAAGGAUACUAGGACAUAAAGAAAAUGUUAUCACAGUUGUAUGCUAGAUGAUUGAGCAUUGCCCCGAAUUGCAUGUGAAACACCCAAUAUUUUUAGGACCAAUUGUGUAUUAAAAACACGCGCGAAUAGGAUAUGUAAACGAGCUCAUGCAUGACUAGGUAUGUUUGUCUGCAAGUUGUGCUUCUUCAUUUAACAGUGUUCUCUCGUAGUGAUCUGAUUCUGAGUUUGUCCUUUUUCUUAUGUAGGUUCACAACGCGAAAAAUUUCAUCAAGAAAUUGGAGCAACACUUUCUGACAAGUCUUUUAAUCAGCAUUACGAACAAUUCGUUGCUGUAUUUCAUUUAUUGCACGAGAAAAGGAAAAAAGUAGCUUCUUUGAGCAAUUGGUACAUAAAGCAUAAUCUUAAACAAGGAAAGAAAAAAGAGAAAAAGAAAAUAGCAUCAGCAUAAUGUACUUUUUAAAAAAAAUUAAAACAGGGUGUAAGCUCUGAUUCAUUGAGGAAGAGCAGUACUAAUCGUUGUGUACUUACUUUGGACCAUUUUCAACCCUUCUUUGAAGUUUAAGCUCCAUCAAGUUGCUAGAAGAUCUCAACUCAAUAUAUACUAGAUUGCGCUUUAAAUCAAAUGCAUUCAACUACAGGUAUAGUGAAAGAAGUACACAUUCAAUCAAGUAGUGUUGCGAAAUCUCUUUUUCUUCACUCUUUAUUUCUCUACAUUCUAGAACUUUUGAGUUCUUUUUUUAAUGUUCUAGAAUUUAACCAUCAUUCCUGAACUAUUUAGGCAUCAUAUAUGAACUCGUGAAGAAACAGUUUCUAGUAGCUAAACAAACCAGGCAGUACUGCAGUAGUUAUCUCGAAUGAAAUUCGGCUUCUGUACGAAAGAAUCUGAACUUGUAUGAGAGUGCAAUAGCUUUUUUCCCUUACAUUUCCUGAGGGUGAAACCUCUGAUUCUUUUUUCAUGCGUACGCUAGAAAACAAUCUUAUUUAUCUCGCAAAAUGCUCCUACAAAAUUAUGCUGUAUCCCUUCUUUCUCAUGCAUAUUUUUCCUUUUCUUUGCCAAGUACAUGGCAAUUACUAUAUUAUCCUACAAUUUUAUGCCUUUAAGGGUUUCUGAAAUCAUCUGUCAUUCUCCCGGGACCAUCUGAUAACUAAGAUCUUUCUUAACCUUCGGUAAAUCGAAUGAGUUGACCACGACGCCGAUAUUCUGCGGUGAUGAGGCAAUGUAACUUGCAUAAAAACAUGUAAGUAGGCAUAGAGAAAUGUGAAAGAUCAUGAAGAUUAAUUUCUUGGAAUAAGAAAUUUUUUUGAUUAAUUUCUUGGAAUAAGAAAAUUUUUUUUCUCAUAAGAUCGAUCUCGUGAGUGUCGGUUUGUGGAACUUCUUUAUGUGUUCCUUGUGGAAGAGGAUUCCCUUGCUUGCGCCUUUAGUUCCCUCGUUCGCAAUAUUUAAAAUUAUGCACAUUCUUUAUGUGCUUUGUCCAACCGGAAUUUUAAAAGUGGCGGGAAAUCAGUGGUUUCUUAGCUAUCAUUCCUCCUCGAAGCUAAUAAUUAAAAAAAAGAAGGGAAAGUAAAAAAACAAAAGAGAGAGAGAGAGAGAGCCAGAUACCUUUCAAUGAUUGAUGAAGCAUUGUCAACCCUUCAUCUGGACUCAUUGGAUGAACAGCUCAUUUUUUAGAGCAUUGGAUUCCGUAGGACUCAUUUUCUAUUCGCGUUUCGAUAAGUUAAUCUUUAAGCAGCAGCAUCUUCUGCUAAACUCGACACAAGGAAAGCUUCAAGAAAUGGAGAGUUGACAUAAUCACCCAAUUCCGCAGUUCUAUUCAUUCUUUUAAUCCCAUGUGCUUAUUGGCAAAGCCAUAUUUUAUUCGUCGCAAGUUAAGCGAAGAGCUGUUUCUGCCACUUUAAAUAGAAAUUUGUACUCAAAUGUCGGAGCAUCUCGAAGCUUACAGCUGAACUUUUUGUCCUGAGUGUCACCCCUGACUUGUUGUUUUAAGAGAGAAAUAUGGGGUGUAGGACAUGCGAGAAGCCGAAGAUGAACUAUCGGAAGGGCUUAUGGUCGCCCGAAGAAGAUCAGAGGCUUAGAGAUUACAUACUUAACCAUGGCCUUAGCUGCUGGAGUGCAGUUCCUGCGAAAGCUGGCCUGCAAAGAAAUGGAAAGAGCUGUAGGCUGAGGUGGAUCAACUAUUUGAGGCCCGGAUUAAAGCGCGGAAUCUUUUCGCAGGAGGAGGAGCAAAUUGUUAUGAGCCUUCAGGCCCAGUUAGGCAAUAAGUGGUCGCAGAUUGCCGCGCACUUACCAGGAAGGACAGACAACGAGGUAAAGAACUACUGGAACUCCUACCUCAAAAAGAGAGUUGCGAAAGACGAAGGCUCAGCCGGUCCCAGCUCUACAAUAUCAUCUGUUGACUCAACUGGCCACAAUCGAAACCCCCGCGACGAAGAGAGCAACAAGAUCGCACCUCCUCUCUCUACCGAGCCACUCGAAGUGUCGAACCUCGACUCGGGCCAAACUGUAACAACAAGCAGCAACCAAUGCAGCUCAUCGAAAGGCGCGGCCGACGCUCUCCUCCCUAAGGUUUUGUUCUCCGAUUGGCUCGCAUUCGAUCACGAGAACAACUUGAGCUUACCGAGCCUAAGCGACGGCUCGAAUUGCAUCAACUGGGGCUCGAGCUCAACCUGUUUAUAUGCCAAUGAAGGUUUACAAAUGGACCAACAGUUUAGCAGUGAAUAUGAGCAUGAAGCCGCAGUUCAAAUUCCCGGAGGCGGAUUCUUUGAUCUCCUCUUCAUGGGAGGGGGUUAUGGUAGCUUCAACACAAAUUAUGAUGCAUGCUUUUGAUUAGCGAAUAAAUAGGAGCAAAUUGUGAGAAACAUGUAUCUUAGAAUGUGGAGACAUUUGAGUUGAAUAUUCUUUUGUAUGUAAAUUUGAAUUUAUAUCCUUAUAAAUAAAUA